AUGUCCACUUCACUGUGUUCGUGCUGUUUACGCUUCAAAUUCAGCCCAGAAGAAAUUGAACAGCGGCAUGAAAGUCAAGAAAUAGAUAAAAUGUUGGAAAAAGACAAGCAAACACUUAAGAGACAGGUAAAGCUCUUUUUGCUAGGAGCUGGAGAGAGUGGAAAAUCCACAUUUCUCAAACAAAUGAGGAUUAUUCAUGGGAUGAAGUUCGACCAUGAAUAUCUCAAGGAGUUCCAACAGGUCAUAUACGAAAAUGUUGUCCGAGGGAUGCAAAGUUUAGUGGAUGCCAGGGCUAAAUUAGACAUUCCUUGGGGUGACCCUACGAACUCUAGUGCUGAAAAAGAGUUACUUCUAUUCAACAAAGUAUUGCAUUUAGAUGCAAAACUUUUUCUAAGUUACACUCCGUCUAUAGCAAAAUUGUGGUCUGACAGUGGUAUACGAAGAGCUUUUGAUCGAAGAAGAGAGUUCCAAAUUGUAAGUACCUGCCAUUCAUGUAGUGUAGGUUAUAUUGAUAAAAGUCAUUCAUCUCAGUGA